AUGAGGCUCCCCGGGGCGGCCCGGGGCCGGGCAGCUCCUCUCCUGCCCCUGUGCUGGCUGCUGCUGAAGCUGCUGCAGCCGGGGCGCGGCCACCUCUACAACCACCGCUAUGCUGGUGAUAAGGUGAUAAGACUUACUCCUAAAACAGAAGAGGAAGCAUAUGCACUGAAGAAAAUGUACCACCGGCUAAAGGUGGACCUCUGGCAGCCCAGCAGUAUCACCUACGUAUCAGCGGGGACCGUGACUGACAUCCACGUCCCCCGAAAUGCUUCCCGGGCCCUGCUCGCCUUCUUACAGGAAGCCAACAUCCAGCACACGAUCCUCAUCGGAGAUCUUCAGAAAGCUCUGGAAAACGGAAGCAGCUUGGGAAUCCAAAGAAAGAAAAGAUCGCUGUCUAAAUAUAAUUAUGAAGUUUAUCACUCCUUAGAAGAAAUUCAGUGUUGGAUGCAUCAUCUGAAUAAGACUCAUUCAGGUCUCCUGCAGAUGUUCUCUAUCGGCAGAUCCUAUGAAGGAAGAGAUCUCUUUAUUUUAAAGCUGGGCAGGAAGUCAGGAGCCUACAAGAGAGCCGUGUGGAUGGACUGUGGCAUUCACGCCAGAGAGUGGAUCGGUCCUGCCUUUUGUCAGUGGUUUGUAAGAGAAGCUCUCCUCACACACAGGAGUGACUCAGCCAUGAGAAAAAUGUUGAAUCGUCUGGAUUUCUACGUCAUGCCUGUGUUUAAUGUUGAUGGAUACCACUUUAGCUGGACACACGAUCGAUUCUGGAGAAAAACAAGAUCGAGGAAUGGGUUUCACUGUCGUGGUGUUGAUGCCAAUCGUAACUGGAAAGUGAAAUGGUGUGGCGAAGGAGCCUCUGUCCACCCUUGUGAGGACACCUACUGUGGGCCGUCCCCAGAAUCCGAGCCAGAAGUGAAGGCUGUCGCAGGAUUCCUCCGGAAGCACAGACCGCACGUGGCGGCUUACCUCUCCUUCCACGCGUACGCACAGGUGUUGCUGUACCCCUACUCUCACAAAUACGCCACCAUCCCCAAUGUCGGCUGUGUGGAAUCCGCAGCUCACAAAGCCGUAAAGGCGCUCCAGUCGGCACACGGGGCUCGGUACAGACACGGACCCGCCUCCAGCACCCUGUAUGUAAGCUCUGGUAACUCCAUGGAUUGGGCUUACAAAACCGGGAUACCUUAUGCAUUUGCUUUCGAACUUCGUGACACUGGGCAUUUUGGAUUUUUACUACCAGAGAUGCUCAUCAGACCCACGUGCACGGAGACCAUGCUGGCCGUGAAGAAUAUCACCAUGCACCUGCUGAGGAAGUGUCCCAAAGAACACAGAGGCACAAGCCUACCACCCGAGAGGGCAGAGCCCGGCCCGGGGCCACGCCGAGCAGGGGAGAGAUGA